AUGUCUGACAACCAAAAGCUAGCGGCGACGGAGACUGGUUCGGUUUCAUCCAAAGCAUCAACCAAGUCAGCGACCACGGGAAAGUCGGCCUCGCGCCCAACGAGACAGAAAGAGCAGCUGGGUGCGAGGCCGACAAGGCCCACUCGGUCGCUACGAGAGAGGGUCCUCGCUCGAACUGCAUCAGCGCGGUCCUCAAUCAGCGAGGACACCUCUCUACAGUCCCCGCCGCCGUUGCCUCAGUCACUCCCCCCGUCCCUAAUGGACAUCUCAAACGAAAGGGUAUGCACAUGGGACCAGGAGGAGAUCCCUCCUCGGCCUAUACAAUCAGACGACGAACUUUCGGAGGGCUCAUCGAUCUCUGAAAGAGCGCCGUCGGGCCGCCGCAGUAUGCUCUUCACCACGUCCAGACGGACGGGAGUCGAGAUGGACGCGGCAACCAAACUGGCGAACGAAACGCUCCUCAAAGCGAAAGAAGCUAUUGAGGCAGCUGGGAAUAUGAAAAAGGAAUGCAAGGCUAUCGCACUGGACAGCUUGCAGGUUCUCUACGAGACUGUCCUCUCGCUGUCGGACUCCAGGUCAAGGCACAAGCACAACCUGGAGAAGGAACGAGCCAGGCACGCCCAGGAACUGGUCAGGGUAGAGCGCGCCCACAAUAAACAAACUGCGGAGCUGCUCAAAGACCUCAACCAGCGGCUGAGUGAAGCCCGAAGCGACAUCUCGGGAAACCUAGAAGAAACAAGAGCAAUCAGAAGCUGGCUAGGGUACGAAACUCAGGAACCCUAUAGACAGAUCAGUGAGAUAGCCGAAAUGACAAAAAAGAUAACCGCCAUGGAGAGAAGCAUUGGUGAACGGUCCCAUACACAAGGGACAGGUCAAAGGAUGACAGACAUAGGGCCGCUCAUCAAUGACCACCAAAAAAUGACAUCCCAGCUGGACCACAUGACCAAACAACUGGACGACAUGAGACGGACAUUAGACAAAAACUUCGAAAUGACAAAACAACUGCAGCUGUGGACGAACCACGACAAAAUCGGCAAGGGUAUGACUGAGGUCAAAGAGGCCAUUCUACAGGCUGAAAAGAACCUCAGUCAGACCAUUGCCGAGCAGCCAACACCAACACCGCAAGUCGGACAUGAGGCGCCGCCAAAAGGGGACCUCAUGGAACAGCUCCAACCAAUUACAGAAAAGUUGGAAGCGGUGUCGUCGGAACUCCGCACCAUGCGGGAGGCUAGGAACAAAACCCCGCCUCCCGCCACAAGUCUGGGCACUGAAAUAGCCCUAGCAGAACUGGUCAAAACGGCCACCCAAACUGCGGGCAAGGCAACAUACGCCCAAAUAGCACAGAAGCCCAGACCCCCAAGACCCAACCACACACUAAUAGUGUCGGCUACCGACCCCGACAAAACGGGGGACAAGGUAAUCGACAAUAUCAGGGCGGUGUUGGACCUCCAGCAUACGGGGGCGAAAAUAGACAAGGUGCGGAAAGCAAGGAACCAUAAAAUCAUCCUCAGCUGCAGCACUAAGGACGACCUCACGAUAAUUAAAAACAAACUCAAGACGGACAACGGCCUAAAGGCAGAAAUCCCUAAAACCAACAAUCCUUUGGCUAUUGUAAAGGACGUUCUCACCUAUAACUCUGAUGCAGAUAUUGUAAAAUUCAUAACAUCCCAGAACGCGCACCUUCUGGAGGGAAUUCCGGCAAAGGACGUGGCGGUCCGAGUGCGCUACCGCAAGAAGGCACGUAACCCGCUCGAGUGCCACGUCGUGUUGGAGCUGUCACCAGAGGUGCACAAGCGAUUUAUCGACCAUGGGAAAAUAUAUAUAGAUCUGCAGAGGAGACCGAUCGAGGACCAGUCGCCACUAAUUGCUAAAGGUGCCCCACUGAAUGACAACACAACAAAGCCAAAAUACACUACGCUAAAAUUUAUCCAAGCGAACCUACAAAGAUCCAAGCUCGCCACGGCGGAACUGCUGGAAACGGCGAAGAGAAAGGGAAUCUCAAUAGCUCUGGUCCAAGAACCCUACGUGGGACGAUCCGGAGUCUUGAAACAACACCCAGGCACUAAAGUCAUCCAGUGCACUCUGAACCGUCAGAAGCCAGUGAAGGCGGCAGUAAUAGUGUUCGGUGACCAACUGGAGGUUAUCCAUGACCCUCAGUUGGUGACUGAAACGGAAGCCGCUGUCCUCCUGGUGGCAGGGACGCUGAGGCUAGGAGUCGUGUCAGUCUACUAUGAAGGGGACCAGGACAUAGAGCCCUACCUAGUCCGCACACAAACAGCGUGUGAAAAGCUAAAUGUCAAGCACCUCAUAGUAGCUGGUGACGUAAACGCCUGGAGUCACUGGUGGGGAAGCUCGACUGAGGAUCAGCGAGGAGCAGCGUUUUCUGCCUUCCUGAAUGGCAUGGACCUCCAGAUUCUUAAUACCGGAAAUACGCCAACCUUUGAGACGCACAGAGGUGACAGGCUAUGUACCAGCAUCGUCGAUGUCACCGCCUGCAGCGAAUCAUUACUAGGGAAAAUAAGGAACUGGAGUGUGGACCGAAGUAUAACAACAUCAGACCAUAAUGCAAUUACCUUCUCUCUGCCACUGGGAGUAGCCUUGACAUCGCUCAGGCCUCUCACGACACGGAGAUACAAUACAAAGAAGGCACGCUGGUCUGACUUCGCAACACACCUCAGAACAUCUCUUAAGGAAAAUAACAUUACACCCGAUAGAAUCACAAAGGCCAAAACACCGGAAGAACUGGAUACAAUCAUUCAAACCUAUAUCAACGCCGUUCAGGAAGCAUGCAAUCGUGCAAUACCUUCAGUCGAACCAGCGAAAGGAAACCCCAAACCACCAUGGUGGACCAGUGACCUAGCGCAAGCUAAGGCUGAUGUGUUGCGUAAAAAACGACGCAUAAAGAAUGCUGCACCAAGGCGUCGGCAGCUAGUCAUAGACGACUACCUAGCAGCCAAGGAGAAGUACGCCAACAUGGCGAACGACGCCCAAACUGAGAGUUGGAAGGAGUUCUGCACAACGCAGGAAAAGGAGAGCAUGUGGGAUGGUAUAUACCGUGUCAUAAGGAAUACAGCCCGAAGACACGAAGACGCGCUGUUAAGAGAUGGUGAAGGAAACACCCUAAGCCCGAAAGAAUCAGCUAAACUUUUGGCAAACACCUUCUACCCCGAAGACACAACAGCAGCGGAAACAUCAUACCACAUGCGCCUCAGGGAAAUGACGGAGGGAAACAACCAUAGAGUGAAGGAGCAGUUGUCAGAGGAUGAUCCACCAUUCACGCCAGCGGAGCUUGACUCCGUACUCAAGGCACUAAAUCCCAAGAAAGCCCCGGGACCAGAUGGAUUAACCUCUGACAUCUGCACUAAGGCCAUAGACUGCGGAAGGGAGGAGUUCAUGGCGAUAGCAAACCAAUGCUUAGCGCUGACGUACUUCCCCAUGCAGUGGAAAGUGGCCCACGUCGUCAUACUCCGGAAACCCGGUAAGGACGACUACACUCACCCAAAGUCAUAUCGACCCAUCGGCCUACUAUCAAUCUUCGGCAAAAUCGUCGAGAAGAUGAUGGUGGGCAGACUGCAAUGGGCAAUCCUUCCAACUCUCAAUAAGAUGCAGUAUGGCUUUAUGCCACAGCGCGGAACCGAGGACGCCCUCUAUGACCUUGUAAAUUACGUGCGCUCUGAAGUACAACAAAAGAAGAGCGUACUAAUUGUAUCACUGGAUAUAGAGGGAGCCUUCGAUAACGCCUGGUGGCCCGCACUCAAAUACCAACUUAUAUCCAAGAAGUGCCCCGCAAACCUAUACGCCAUGGUAUGUUCGUACCUCACAGACAGAAAAAUCAAGGUUAAUUAUGCCAGAGCAACCCAUGAGAGGGAGACAACAAAAGGAUGCGUCCAAGGAUCUAUCGGUGGACCAACCUUUUGGAACCUCAUACUGGAUUCUCUGCUUAAUAAACUAACAAAUGAAGAGGUACACUGCCAAGCGUUUGCAGACGACGUGGUUCUUGUUAUCUCAGGACAUGAUAUGGACGUAAUGGAGCAAAAAACGAACGACACACUGGAUGGAAUAGUGAGGUGGGGGAAGCGUAAUAAGUUAAACUUUGCCGCACACAAGACCAAUGCGAUGCUUAUAACAAAGAAACUUAAGUACGACACCCCCAACCUCUAUAUGGCCAACAGUAGGGUAAAUCUAGUCGACGAAAUAAAGCUCCUCGGACUAAUCAUGGACCGUAGACUUACCUUCAAACCGCACGUUACCGCCAUAUGUAAAAAGACGGCGGACAUCUACAAACAGCUAGCGUGCGCAGCGAAGGUAACCUGGGGUCUAAACCGCGAGAUAACAAGGACCAUCUAUGUCGCGGUGAUUGAACCCAUCGUGCUAUAUGCCGCAAGCGCGUGGUACCCUGCCACGGAGCUCCAAACGGUCAAAAACCAGCUGGAGUCUCUUCAAAGGGGAUUCGCACAGAAGAUCUGCAGAGCGUAUCGCACGGUCUCACUCACCUCGGCACUCGUCUUGUCGGGGCUACUCCCCUUGGAUUUAAGGAUACAAGAAGCGGCAAAUCUAUUCAUGGCCAAAAAGACCUGGUCAAAAGAUUAUUUGCCCCCCGAACGGGAACUAGAAAGCAACAUAAAACACAUCAACCAACCACACCCGUCACACCUUAUAACAACAAAGUACACGAUCCUAGAGAGCUUGGAUCAAAACUCCCAGGACUCGCACCACAUAACGGGCCCACAUAUUUACACCGAUGGCAGCAAACUAGAGGGAAAAGUAGGCGCUGCCCUCACCUGGUGGGAGGAAGGGAGAGAAACAAGAUACGCCCUCUACACAUUGGAUCCAGCCUGCACUGUUUUCCAGGCAGAGCUCUACGCCUUACACAGGGCAGUUCUGCUUGCAAAGCAAAGCGGGUUGCCAGUAGUCAACAUCAUGAGUGACUCGAGAUCGUCACUCGAGCUACUGGAGAAUCCAAAAACAACACACCCACUGGCUAGGAAAAUCUUAGACAACUUGAGAGAAAUUCACCAAGACAACAGAGAGGUGCGUCUGUUCUGGAUCAGAGCCCAUAUAGGUACCCCAGGAAAUGAAAGAGCGGAUGAACUCGCGAAAGCGGCAUCACAAAGAAUCAACUCUAUUCCAAACUACUCGAAGAUCCCCCUAUCCUAUGUCAAAAGGAAAAUACGAGAGGAGUCUGUACGGAAGUGGCAGGACAGGUACAGUACUUCUCAAACAGGGCGAGUUACGAAGAUCUUCUUCCCAGACGUGGCAAACGCCUAUAGCACGGUGAGGAAGAUCAAAAUAACUCCUCUGCUCUGUCAAGCCUUCACAGGACACGGGGGAAUAGCUGAGUACCUACAUCGGUUCAAACUGAGAGACAGCCCGGGGUGCGAGUGCGACCGCGACAUUAGUGAAUCGGUCGAGCAUAUCAUUCUGGACUGUCCUCGCUUUGAGGCGAUGAGGAUGGGAAUCGAAAUCGGAGCAGACGUAAGACUCACGACAAAGACAUUACACGAGAUUCUUCGCGACAAUGACACAAGAGACAAAUUAACAGACUUCAUAGAAAAAAUCUUCCGGAUUGCGACGAAAAGAAACAGCACCAUGACACCAAGACAGGCUGAAACAAGCCAUACAGCCGGCACUGACUCUGUGAACCAACCCGUCACACCCAUAGACAUUAGUCCUGCAGCAGUGCAAACCAUUACUAUCAAAGAACUGCUAAAGUCUGGGGAAAAAGGCGAACCGGGGAUCAGACUGCGCGGAGUAGCCACGUUCAUGGACACCAAUCUCGAAGCGUUGGGAAUUUGCUUCUGUAAUGCGCACGGUGCAGCCAGAGUGGAAUUGUCCCCAGGACUGGCCGCUCUGCUUAACGGAAGCACAUCUAAAAAUACCAUGAAGCGCAGAACAUACAACGCAAUGCCUGUGACUACAGUGGCUGAAAAGCGCUGUCGAAUAGUGCGAGCAAAGAACAAAAUCAUCGCACUAUUUGAAUGGGAUCUCCUCGAGACCCCAUUCACACAGGCAAGUUCUGUGCUUAAACGCAUAGGAGAAAUGAACGUGGACGCACCGAGGCGUAUCAGUGUCGAUGCGAUGGCUGUCGGAUACUCAAAGGGCAUAGUGGAUGACUUCAUUGGGUGCAUCGAAGCCUCAAAAACACACGAGGUGGUGGUUUAUGAAAACAGAGGUGAAGACCUCAGUUUUCUUAAACCGCAAAAAACCAGCAACACAAAACCACCUUGCUCAAGCACUGACCCAGAGGGAUUGUCAAGAACUCCUGCGACACUUAGCGGCUCGGAAAAACUGCAGCUGAAGCUAGUGUCAGCAGGCAAGGCAACCGCUGGGGUAGUUAGCAAAGGAAAGAGCAUGCUGAGCGCCACGGUGAGUACACUAGCCGAAGCUAUCCAAAGCAUGUCCGGAAGAAUAGACAACAUAAGAGCUACGAAGACAACGAAGAAAGUUGAACAGGCCGUACGGACUUUUACCGAACCCACGACAGACAUCCGACCAGGACCAUCCGGACAGGACAGAACUAGAGCUGAUAAGGGACAAGUCUCCCCACCCGUCCUUAGAGAUGUCAAAAGGCCCCUAGAUCAUGUCAUAAACGCCUUUCUCGAAUUCCAAGCCAUCACAAAAGCAGAACAGGAGGUCAGCCGCAAGACUUGUGCAGACAUCAUGCAGGCUUACCUCCUGGAGAACACCAGCCUGCUAAAAGUGAGGCUGAGGGAGGCGGAGGCAUCGAUCUACAAUAACAACACCUCUGAAAUCAUCAUCGGAGAGGAAGGAGGGGACCACAUGGCCGCAUAUAACACCAAACGCGGCUUCGUCGAACUGGACGAGGAGGGGACGAAAGGGAGCGGUAAACCAAAGUUCCGAACUGAUCCAGAUGACCCGGUGGUGGUUGUCGCCCGCUGCACCAGGAUCAUGUUACAAGAGAAGAUCCUGGAGAGGGCUAAAACCAUCGCCGGUAAUAACAACGAGGCCCUGGUGCUCUGGGAAACUCCGAAGAUCAAAUGGGUUAACGGAGUGCCAGGCUGUGGCAAGACGACUUGGAUCGUGAGGAACUUUGACACAAGUAACGACAUUGUCAUAACCAGCACGACGGAGGCAGUUAACGACUUGAGGGAGAAGCUGGAGCCCAAAAUUGGAGCGCAAACCAAGAACAAGGUGCGCACUAUGGCCUCAGUUUUAGCCAAUGGUUUUAGGGAGCCUGAUCGGAAGGGAUGUAAGCGUCUUAUUAUCGAUGAGGCUCUCAUGAACCAUUUUGGGGCCAUAAUGAUGGCAACCAAGCUAGCGGGAGCCAGCGAGACCCUCAUGAUCGGUGACAUGAAUCAACUGCCGUAUAUCGACCGAGAAAACCUCUUCAAGAUGUCCUACUGCCGCCCUAACCUAAUCGCGUCAGUCGACCAGGAGCUGUUAUGUACGCACAGGAACCCACUCGAUGUAGCGUAUGCCCUCAGUGAAGUAUACGGGGGCAUAUACUCAUCCAAGACUCAGAUUCGAUCCCUGGAGCUGAAGCAGUAUACAGGCGCGAACAUCCCGAAAGGUACAGACAACACCUUGUACCUCACUCACACACAAGGUGAGAAGGAAACCCUAAAAAAGGAGGGUUUCGGGACGGGAUUGGGAUCGCGUGUGAAUACCAUCCAUGAAGCCCAGGGAGCGACCUUUGAGACAGUGGUAAUAGUGCGUACAUCACAGAAGAAGAUACAGCUCCUCGACAGUGUACCACACGCAGUCGUGGCCGUGUCACGUCACACAAAAAGCUGUACAUAUUACACCGAUGACAGCAGUGACGCGACCGCUUUAUUCAUCUCGAAGGCGGUCAAGGCUACGUCCACCACCAUCAGGGACUAUAACAUCAAGAUGGCGAUACGGGGGGGAGACGAGGCAGUCUGGAGGCAACUACUUACAAUAAGUCCCUAGAAACUAGAGUCUUACUUAAGUAACUAACAUAAACAAUAAGUGACGUGCACGUUUCGAUAAACUAACAGAGUAA